UGACACUGACCGUCGAAGUAGACUGAAAAGAGAUACCAGUGUGAUAUACUCAUUUUAGCAGUACAGUAGGAUUUGUAGACUCUUUUAGAUAGCAAUGGAUGAUUUCGACAUGCUUAACGCACCACAGCCCAACGCAGGAAACGGCGUUGGAGCAGAUGAGGAUCCGGCGGCUGCUUUCUUGGCCCAACAAGAGAGCGAAAUCGCAGGGAUAGAGAACGAUGAAGGUUUCAGCAUCCUGGACAGCGGAGAGGUCCCCGCUUCGCUCAGCAAUAAUCUGACAGAUCAAGACGGUGGAGCAGUUAACGGAGAACUUCACGGGGAAAGUAACGGGCCCUCAGAUGCGUAUGCGGCCAUCUCCAACGCAGACCGUCUGCAGGCAGAACCAGAGAGCCUGCGCAAGUGGAGGGAGGAGCAGCGGGAGAGACUGGAGGUGUUGGAUGCAAACUCUCGUAAGCAGGAGGCGGAGUGGAAGGAGAAGGCGAAAAAGGAGCUGGAGGAAUGGCAUACUCGUCAGAACGAGCAGCUGGAGAAGACCAAAGUCAACAACAGGGCGGCAGAAGAGGCCAUGGUGUCUGAGCUGGACGAGAACAACCCAGGCACGGAGUGGGAGCGCGUGGCGCGGCUCUGUGACUUCAACCCCAAGUCCAACAAGCAGGCCAAGGACGUGUCGCGCAUGCGCUCGGUCCUCAUUUCCCUCAAGCAGUCGCCCCUGGUCCGUUAGGUUAUCCGCCCGCAAAACCCCCGCCUCCCAGUGGAACCACAACUCCCACAAGCCUCUAGGGCCUUACCCUCAUUCCCAGCGAUGCCCCAGAGUGUCUUUGGUGUCUUGUUUUCCGAAUGGUUUUGAAACCCGUUUCCAUCAGUAUAUAAAAAUAUAUAUAUGAGAAGUUUUUGAUCUAUUUUUUUUUUUUUUUUCCUCCAGUGUUUAUUCUUUUAAGGACCAAACAACUCCGUAAAUGUGUGUUUAAUGUGUUUUGUUUUUUUCCUCCCUCAGUAGAGCCAGUGUGUGUGGCAUUGUGACCUUAUCAAUCUAUGCAUCCCCCUUUUUUUGCAACUCUCCAGGAAUAAAGUAAUAAAUGUGACGUGUAUGUCGUAUACAGGUGUUGGAUGUACCCCAUGUUCAUGUAUCUAUGUACAUAAUGAUGACUGGCUCCAUGUACACUAAUAUGUAUGACACAGAAAUAGAACUAGUUGUCUUAAGAGCAGAGCUGAAAACUAAUUGUUUAUUCAUAUUGUCCACUCGAUUUCAAUAUCAUUAAAAGUAUCUGAAACCUUGAA